AUGGGCACGCUGAGGGACCGCCGGCUGGGCAGAUGCAGGACACCGGAGGGGAGCAGAGCCUGGGGCUCCCCGGCGGAUCCGCGGCUGGGGGGGCUGCCGGUGCCUGGGCACGCUGUCCCAGUGUCCCCACCGCUUGGCGCUGCGGGAGGCUGAGCUGCUGCCCCAGGGAGGGCCAUGGGGACGCUGGAGAGGUGGGGCCCGCCGCCCCUGACCCUGCCGUGGGCACUGCCCACCCUGCUGCUGGCUCUGGCCGCACACGCAGCGGGUGAGCUCACCUACCCGUGGCGGGACGUGGACACUCGGGAGUGGCUCGUGUGCAGCCAGUGCCCCCCAGGCACCUUCGUGCAGCAGCCGUGCCGCCGGGACAGCCCCACGAUGUGCGGCGCGUGCCCUCCACGUCACUACACCCAGUUCUGGAACUACCUGGGGCGCUGCCGCUACUGCAACGUCAUUUGUGGGGAGCGUGAGGAGGAGGCGCGGCCCUGCCAGGCCACUCACAACCGUGCCUGCCGCUGCCGUCCCGGAUUCUUCGCACACGCCGGCUUCUGCCUGGAGCACGCGCCUUGCCCGCCUGGCACCGGCGUGGCAGUCCCCGGAACCCCCAGCCAAAACACGCAGUGCCAGCCGUGUCCCCCCGGCACCUUCUCGGCCAGCAGCUCCCACUCAGAGCCGUGCCAGCCCCACCGCAACUGCACCGCCCUGGGCCUGGUCCUCAACGUGGCAGGCUCCUCCUCCCAUGAUGCCCUGUGCACCAGCUGCACGGCCUUCACGCUUAGCACCAUGGCACCCGGGGGGCCAGGAGCUGGAGAGUGUGAGCGCGCGGUCAUCGACUUCGUGGCUUUCCAGGACCUGUCCUCCAAGAGGCUCGUGCGCCUGUGGCAGGCGCUGGUGGGCCCAGAGGCCCGGGGUCCCGCGGCCCCGAGGGAGGGCCGUGCGGAGCUGCAGCGGAGGCUGUGGCGGCAGCUCACGGAGCUCCGGGAUGCGCGGCCUGGGGCGCUGGGGGCGCGGCUGCUGCGGGCGCUGCGCGAGGCCAGGCUGCCUGGACUGGAGCGCAGUGUCCGUACGCGCUUCUGGGCGCACUGAGCCCCCUGCCCCUAUUUAUUCUCCUCCCAAG